GCCAUGGAGCAGCACCUGCGGCGCCUGCGGCAGGAGCUGCUGUCCAUGAAGGAGGUGGGAGACGGGCUGCACGAGCAGAUGAACUGCAUGAUGGGCGCCCUGCAGGAGCUGAAGCUGCUGCAGGUGCAGACGGCCCUGGAGCACCUGGAGCUCUCGGAGCAGCGCCGCUGCUGCAGGAGCAGCGCGGGGACGGGGCUGGGGGACACCCAGGGACACUGCCCCCCGUCCCUGGCGUGUCCCGUGCCACGGCCAGCCGGCCUGUGCCAGCCUGCUGCGUCCCCAGAGAGCCACCGGCCCCGGGACAGCCCCUGCUCCUCGCAGAGCCUCUGCAGGGACGGCGUGUGCCCCCCUAAAGGACCCUCCUGCGUGCCCCGGGCACCGGAGCCCAGCCAGGGCACGGCUGGGGCGUGGCCACCGUGCCAGGAGUGCCCGGGCUGCGACGAUGGCCACGACUGGACCUCGUCCCUGAUGUCGCAGAGCAGGAACCGGCAGCCGCUGGUGCUGGGCGACAACAUCUUCGCAGACCUGGUGGGCAACUGGCUGGACCUGCCCGAGCUGGACAAGAAGGGCGACAAGGGCGAGGCCUCCCUGUCCCUGAGCAGGUCCCAGGAGCUCUGCAGGAAGUUCUCCCUCACCACCAACAUCUUCAAGAAGUUCCUGCGCAGCGUGCGGCCGGACCGCGACAGGCUGCUCAAGGAGAAGCCUUGCUGGCUCCCUCCCGAGGACAAACAGCCCCACAUCUCCAAAAGGUCCAAAAAGAUCGGCAAACUCAAGGGCACGUUUUACCUGCCCCUGCACGGGAACCUGCAGAGCCACCACAGCAAGGCAGAGCGGUGCCCGAGGGCAGAGGGCCGUGGUGAGCUCCCCAAGGUGGGCACCAGGAAAGUGCCCGAGCCCAGAGACUACAGCCAGGCAGGGUUUGACAUCAACACGGCCGUGUGGGUGUGAGCUUGCUCUGCCCAGCCUCUCACAGCCCCGCUCUGCCCGGCAUCUCCACACCCACCGCCAGCUGGAGGCCGCCCACCUGCUCAGGGACUCUGACAAGAGAGGAUCCUGCAGAAAUGCUGCACACGGAAUUUUCUGCACAACCCCAGCUCCAGGGACUGCCUGAGCAGCAGCUCCUCGUGGGGAGACCUUUGGGGACCAAUAUUGGCAAAAAUAAUGCAGAUCUUUAGCAGCUUUAGGGUGAGUGGUGCCAGAGGUGAGCAGCUCCUGGUGCCAGGCCCAUUCCAUCAUCUCCAGCUCAAUGGUGCAGCACAAAAUCCACGGUGUGCAUGUGUGUGUA